UGUCGGCGUCGGCGGCCUCAGGGGUCACGUGGUGGCUGGGACGGGGAAAAUGGCGGCUUCGGGGGAAAGUGGGGCCUCGGCCGGCGGCGGCGGCAGCACCGAAGAGGCGUUUAUGACCUUCUACAGCGAGGUGAAGCAAAUAGAAAAAAGAGAUUCUGUUUUGACGUCAAAAAAUCAGAUUGAAAGACUGACCCGGCCUGGAUCAUCUUAUUUUAAUUUGAACCCAUUUGAGGUUCUCCAGAUAGACCCUGAAGUGACAGAUGAAGAAAUCAAGAAGCGGUUCAGGCAGUUAUCCAUAUUGGUGCAUCCUGACAAGAACCAAGAUGAUGCAGAGAGAGCACAGAAGGCUUUUGAAGCUGUUGACAAAGCCUACAAGUUGCUCUUGGAUCAGGAACAGAAGAAGAGGGCCCUGGAUGUCAUUCAAGCAGGAAAAGAGUAUGUGGAACACACUGUAAAAGAGCGAAAGAAACAGCUAAAGAAAGAAGGCAAGCCUACAAAUGUGGAAGAAGAUGACCCCGAAUUGUUCAAACAAGCAGUUUACAAACAGACAAUGAAGCUUUUUGCUGAGCUGGAGAUUAAGAGGAAAGAGAGAGAAGCUAAAGAAAUGCAUGAACGGAAGCGACAAAGAGAGGAGGAGAUUGAAGCACAAGAAAAAGCAAAGAGAGAAAGAGAGUGGCAGAAAAACUUUGAGGUAAAAUUCAGCUGGAUCAUCUGGGGCCAGGCCCCGACUGCAGAACACCAGAGCGGGAGAACCUUGAAGGUCUUUGUUUCCCAGACUGAACUCCAGAGAAGGAUAGGGACUUGUUCAGAGCAGGGCCUGGACUCCAGAUUGAUUGCUUCUGGGCCCAGCUUUUCAACCAUUAUGGUUUUUUUCUUUUUUCUUUUUUUUUUAAAUUUACUGCAGUUAGUGUUGGAGUUAAAUGAUUCUUCUGGACUCACAGGGCUACUUGGAAUCAAGGGAAGGCUAGUAGCCAGCCUCCCCAUUCUUAAUAUAUUUCUGCUCUUCUUCAGAAGACAUCUCAAAUGCCUCCUCUCAUAGGAUUUUCCUGGAUCUUGAUAUAUACAUUCUACCCCUAUCCCCUAGUUAUAUGUGGACUUGGCUCCCCCUUUACUCCCAUUAGACUUUGGUACUUGUUUUUUGGCCAUAAUCCUAUUCCUCCCUGUGCUUCAGUUAUUGGUAGGAGAGUAGUCAAAGUAACAUUCCUUGGCGUGACCUGAAGGGGGAACUCUUCCCAUUCCUCUAAGGCCCAGAUUGUCUUCUGUAUGAGCUCUGGGUAUAGUACCAUAUUCCUCAGGGAAAAAAAGAGGGGUGGACCCAUUUCCAAUUUCCCCUCCACUGUGGUGAGGUCCAACAACACUAUCUCAAUCUUCCUGGCCUAGAUCCCCUGGGUGUGGAAGAUGGUCUAAAAGUUUCUGGCCCUUCUGAAACCAUAAGAGGUUUACCCUUAUAAAACAAGAGAUUUGACUUGGGGGACUUUUGAAUUUUUUCCCAUUUCCACCUAAUAUUCCAUGCUCUGAUGUUUCCUAUCCAAAUGGCCCUCUCAUUUGUCUCUUGUGUUAGGAGACAGAACCUGGCAGGAUUAGCUUCCUGUAGAUCUGGGGGAGUUCUUUCUUCUGACCAGGUUCUGAAAGAGACCACCCUGGAAACCUCUAGCCAGGUCUCCUAAACUCUCUGUGCCUUAGGUUCCUCCAGCUAGCCCAUGUCCUUGUUUGUGUAUCCAAAUCAAUCUUUGGGUCUUGGCCAAGCUUGAAUUUUUCCAUGAAGAGGAGCCAUGCCAGGCCAUGCUGUGCUCUCCUUUGCUCAGAUGUUGGCAUCUGUCACUUGUUUUGUAUGCCAUCUUAUGGAGCUCUUUCCUGGGUAUCAGUCUUGUCGCCCCAACAAGAUGAUAAGUUCCAUGGGGGCAGGGCCGUAUCCCCCACCAAACCUAGCAUGAUAUUAGGCAUUACUUUCUGUAGUGUGGGUCACAAGGGCAUGUUGUCUCAUAUUGGAAAUAUCCACUUGGCUGAAGUGACAGUGGUUUUCCAGUGUAGGCAGUAGAGAUGGCAACUGAUUAUUGUUGUGAGGAGCUUGGGGUAGGGUUGGGGAGGUAGUCCUGCCUUCCUGAAUUAGAAAGAUAAUUCUUAUUUAGAGAGUGACUUUAUUGUUUACAGUGAUUUCCUCUCAGUAAUCCUGUGAGUUAGGGGUAGUGUAAAUACUAUCCUCAUUUUUAUAUGCAGGACUAGGCAAAGUACCUGUGGGAGCUGGAGGAUGGAGGGAUGACUUGGGAUUGUUUGUAGCAGAGUCCCCUCAGAGAUAGAUGUUCAGUGCCUGCGCUAAACUCUAAAGCUCUUCUCAGAAUCCUAGUGGAUGAGGACUGCCACCUCUUUAUUAGAGAAUCAGGCUUCUACUUAGGACCAGAUCCUAGGCAAAGCAGCUUUCUUGUUACCACCUCAUUGGUCUAGCAGGUCUUUUCUUAACACAGUUCUGUUGGGCUCCUCCAUCCUUAUAUCUUCUGUUCUUUGGGAGAUGGGUGAAAUCUUCCAGUUUGGAGAGGUUCUUGAUUUUGCCCCUGUGCCUGGGAGCCUUGGGGAGCCAGGCUUCUUUCCUCCUCUCUGAAACCUGAUAAAUGGACCACUCAAGGAGUUCCCAGGCUUCUUCAGUUGGAAAGAUGGGCCCCAUAGGUAAAGCUCUUCCUUUUACUGACAGUUCUCUGAUUCUGAAACUCUUUGUACUCAGGAAAGUCGAGACGGGCGUGUGGACAGUUGGCGAAAUUUCCAGGCAAACACAAAGGGAAAAAAGGAGAAGAAAAAUCGGACCUUCCUGAGGCCACCCAAAGUAAAAAUGGAGCAGCGGGAGUGAUGUCUGAGGCUGCAGCAACAAGGCCUUUCCCUCCCUCCGCUCCCCCCACCCCCUUCCUGCUUUGAAGGACUCAUCCCCCACAUAGAAUAGUAUUGGCUUUUUAGUCCAUUGGUUUUCAGUACAAUUUAAUAUUGAUCAGAGUAAUUCUUUUGUACAUGGAAACAAGGGGCCUGGUUUAAAAGCAGCCUGGCCUGGUCCCCCGCCAGCCGCCGCCCAGGGCGUGGGAUGGGGAGGGCACUGUCCACCUCUGUUGCUGUUUGUAAUUUAAUGUUUUGUACUUCACUGAAUUGUGACCUUUAUGAACUUCAUGUAGAGUGUGUGGAAAUCAUCUCAUUAAACCAGUUGCUUAAAAUGGUGUUGGGUGACUUAGGAAAAGUCUGCCUUUAGGAAGUUGUCCCUUCCUUCAAGCCCAUUCCUGGGUGAGCAACAUCAAAGCCCAGCCUUUGUAUUUCCGGGUUGGAUGGUAAAGGAAGCAGUGCCUGGGUAGAGGGGUCACCGUCACCCCCACCUCCUGCUGUCUGUGCUCAGAAACCAGGCCUUGUUCUUCCCAAGUGAUGAACAUCGUGUCAAGACCAGAGCCACCGUCACCUGUUUGAUUUCCAAAGAGCUUGCAGUCAUCUUCCAUCUAGCACAACUUUAUCCUAGCUUGUUUACCUUUAGUUAGUGGCAAUAUUCUGUAUGUAUAAUAAAUUUUUCUACCAAAACUA